AUGAAUUAUAUGUGGUGUCCAUCACAUCUGCAAAGGAUAAGACCUUUAAAUUUUUUAAAACAAUGUAUAAGGAUACGGCAUUUACAUAAAACUAUACCACUAUAUCAACCUGCUGCAUAUAAUAAUACAGCAAGUAUGUUAUUACAGAAAAACUUAUUACUUCGAAAUAAUACAUUAUAUGGAUACGGAUAUGGUACGAUACGAUGUACUGUAUUUGAUUCACAAGGCAAUACAGGACCCUCAUCAAUAGAAAUGAAAAGGGAGGAUUUAGUUACUCGACAUAAACUUUUGCCUAGAGAUUUACGUAAGAUAGAAAAAUCUAAGAAAAAUGAUUUAGUUCCUAGUAUACUUGUUAGAAAAGAUGGAAUCUUGAUCAGUUUAUUGACAAUUAAAGCAUUAAUUAAAUCUGAUUCAGUAAUUAUUUUUGAUUCAGUUGGUAGUGGGAUAUCUUUAAGUUCAACUUCACAAAGAGAUUUUAUUCAAAAUUUAAAAUUGAGAUUAAAGAAUGAAGCCUCAGAUGAAGUAAAUUCUCAAACAUUGCCAUAUGAAUUUAGAGCAUUAGAAGCAAUAUUCGUGUUUGCAUUAUCGAAUUUGACUAGUGAAAUGAAAGUAUUAUUAACUUUAACUCAGGGAGUUCUUACAGAUUUAGAUCAUAAUAUCACUAGAGAUAAAUUAAGAUUAUUAUUAAUUCAAAAUAAAAAAUUAAAAGUAUUUUAUAAAAAAUGUGUCCUUGUGAGAGAUAUGUUAGAUGAUUUAUUAGAACAAGAUGAUAUGUUAUGUGAUAUGUACUUAACUGAUUGGAAAGAAGGUAUUGUAAGAAUUGAAGAUGAUCAUUCAGAGAUUGAAAUGUUAUUAGAGACAUAUCAUAAUCAUGUAGAUGAAGUAGUUCAAAGAACAGAAAAUAUUAUUUCAAACGUAAGAACCACGGAAGAAAUCAUUAAUAUUAUUUUAGAUUCCAAUAGAAAUCAAUUAAUGUUAUUAAAUAUUAAGAUGGGAGUUGGAAUGUUUUCCUUAGGUGGAGCAAUCUUUGUUGGUUCAUUGUAUGGGAUGAAUCUUGAAAAUUUUAUUGAAGAGACAGAUUAUGGAUUUGCAGUAGCCACAGGUGUUGGUUUAUUAUCUACCGUAUGGUUUUAUUGGUUCUGUAUGAGAAGUCUACAUAGAUUACAACGUAUGUCGUUACUGAAUUCUCUAAAGGUUAAAAAGAAGGACUAA